AUGCGACUCCCGCUGUGCCGAAGCAGUGCCUUCUUGGCACUUCUUGGCUUCGCCCAGCCAGGUGGAGCCGUUCGGUCUGUCGGCGUUCGAACCGAUGCUGCCGGAUCCCACGGCUGUAGCAUGGUGAAAGGCGCUCGAUCCCGGGAAGGCUUUCACUUCGCAGCGCGGUGCAAGUGUACCGGCGAGGAGUCGGUGCUCUCCGAGGAAUGUGGCGAUCAAGCGGGAGAUCGGAAGUUCGAUCUUACUCGCCUUCCCGUCGAGGAUGAUGGAUAUAUAUACGGGAAGUCCAUUAUCGUCCCACUCUGCCGCUGCAUGGUCAUGGACAUGAGCGACCGAGGUGCCAGGCCUGGCGUGUCAAAAGCAAGGGAGUUGGCAGCAGGAAGAGGGAGAUCCGCGCCCCCAACAGUGAUCGCAGAGGAUUGCCACCCAUUUGGUGCUUCCUACCUUCGUCGCUGGCAGGCCUGCAAGUGCAAAAAGGAGCAGCACUUGUCCUUCGAAUGUGGAAAGAGGGCCGCCCUGCGCAAGUUCAGCCCCAACGACCCCGAGGUGCAGGGAAGCGGGUGCCGGUGCCUCUCCGAGUCGGAGCUGAUGAGGAACAAGAGCUUCGUGGGCGACUUGAUGGACGCGCCUCUGCCGAUCAGUAAAGUUCCAGAGCCGCUGGAAGACGGGCCGGUACAGACACGACCGUCGCCGACGUCCUACUCUUCCGAGGUGCUGGAGACCCCCAGAUGCAAGGUGGAUCCACCGGAGGGCUUUGCUUUCGGCGACAUCGUGCGCAUCGAGAAGAAGGUCUCAGCCGGCCAUCUUAUCGAUCUCUGGGGCGUAGGCCUCUUCCCGCAGUCCAAGCAUGCCAAAAUCAGUGGGACAAUCGCGCAGGUCGUCUGUUCUGAGGGGACAUCGGGGACGCAGGGCCGCGUUUGUCUCCGGAAAGGAAACAUGGGCAUGAAGUCUUUGGGCUGCUGGUCGCCUUCGAACCUCGAGAAGUUGGACUAA